UCCUGCAACACUUUCGCUGAACAUGGCUGCCACCUCUGCGACCGCGGCGCCGCCGUCUGGCGAGGCAGCGAAGACGGCGCAAGCCUCCGGACUCCGGGUGAAUGGAAAGCAAUGGCAUGAGACGAAGAAGGCUUUUCGUCCUACCGCCGGACAGACAAGCUAUGCAAAGCGUGUGGCGCGGGAGUCGCAGGCGGCGGAGGUGAAGAAGAUUGAGAAAGAGAUGAAGGAAGAGAAGGAGGAAGAGCGCCAGAGGAGAAUCACAGCCAUCAAGGACCGCCGAGCCGCGAAGGAGGAGAAGGAGCGAUAUGAGAAGAUGGCGGAGAAGAUGCACAAGAAGCGUGUCGAGCGUCUGAAGCGGAGAGAGAAGCGCAACAAGAUGCUGAAGUCUUGAGCUGUGGAAAGGAACAAGUGCAGCACUUUGACGGCAACGAGACACUUCGUUCCUCCAUCGCUGCGCAAGAAAGGACUAUAGCUCUGACUUGGCCGUUCAGAGUGAAGACGACGUCGCUUGGACGAGUCCAGUACAGUCCUCCCGAGCCAUCCCGUGAACGAUUCCACGCAGCUCGAGCCAUCUGAGCGAUCGAAACUGUUCGGCUGCGUUGUCAAGUCUUUGUCUUCC